AUGGCCCCCAGUAGAUCUACUCUAAACUACCUCAUCAAGGUCUGCCGGACGAAGGUCCUCCACCUCUCGUUCUACCCAAACUGUUAUCUUUCAUGUUCUGAGGAUACUUUCAAGCUGGAAAUCAGUAGUGGCUCUAAGUAUUGGGUUGGCGAUAAGUUUGGCGAAAUCUGCGGGGGCACCAAUGGUGGAAGAGGAAACAUUAAUCAGGAGAUCACCAUGCCCAAAGCGAACAUGUCAGCGAUUUUGGCGAAGUACGAAGGGAUGGUCGGUGCAAUGCCUGUGGCGCUUCGAUGGCAGGUCUCCGGAGAACUCGAUCAGAUGCUUGAUAAAAUCGACAAGGCAAAAGAACUAACCGAAGGCUUAUUGCAAGACUUGACAGCCAAAUACGGCUUCGACCCCGCCCAGGCAUGGCGGGCGCUGAAUCUUCAACAGCAAUUAUUAUUAACCUCGCUGUAA